CCUCGUCGUCGUUGCUUGCCGAUUGGAACUCCUACGCCUCUAAUCAAUCCUCCCAGGACAGCUCCAGUUUGGGUCUUUCCUUCGAUCUCGAAUCCGCCGUCAGGUCGGCCAAUGACACCGUUUCCGGCACCUUCAGCGUGAACAUGGUACGGGUCGUCUGAUUGGAGAAGGACAUAAGUCAUGAGGACUUUAUUUCUUGAAACCUAACUCCUCAGUUUCCUGUUUUGCAACUUCAUCCCUAAAACUUUUGCAUGAUUGGUUGGGCCACCCAAGCUUAUCCAAGUUGAAGAUGAUGGUUCCAAGUCUCAAACACAUUCAAGUCUUAGAUUGCGAGUCUUGUCAGUUAGGAAAACAUGUUAGAUCUUCCUAUCCUAAAAAGUAUGAGACACGUUGUAAUUUUGCCUUUUCAACUAUUCACUCUAAUAUUUGGGGACCAAGUCGUGUUACUUUUUUUGGUUUUAAUUAUUUUGUAACCUUCAUUGAUGAAUUUUCUCGAUGUACUUGGGUUUAUUUAAUGAAAGAGAGAUCUGAACUUUUGGCAAUAUUUGUGUCUUUUUUUAAUGAAAUUAAGAACCAAUUUGGGAAGACAAUUAAAAUCCUCAGAAGUAAUAAUGCUAAGGAAUACUUUUCUGCAGCAUUUUCUUCAUUCUUAUCUUCCAAAGGAAUUUUACACCAGUCAACAUGUCCCCACACUCCACAACAAAAUGGCAUUGCAGAGAGAAAGAAUAGACAUCUCAUUGAAACUGCACGCUCCCUGAUGUUGAAUACUAAUGUUCCUGUUCAUUAUUGGGGUGAUGCAGUCCUUACUGCCUGUUUUCUGAUCAAUAGAAUGCCUUCUUCCUCUCUUGAAAAUAAAGUCCCUCACUCUGUAAUUUUUCCGAAUGACCCUCUUUUCCAUGUCUCUCCUCGUAUAUUUGGGUGUACUUGUUUUGUUCAUAAUGUGUCUCCAGGUCUUGAUAAACUCUCUGCAAAAGCUAUUAAGUGUGUCUUUUUGGGAUAUUCUCGCCUUCAGAAAGGGUAUAAAUGUUAUUGUCCCUCAACCAAGAGGUAUUAUAUGUCUGCUGAUGUCACAUUCUUUGAAUGUACGUCUUUUUUCUUGUCCUUCAUGGAGGAUCGUUCAUCUGUUCAACAAAUGUUUCCUCUACCAUCAUGUGAUCCCUUGGUUACUCCUGCUUCCUUACCUCAAACCCCAAAUGCAAAUGACAUUGUUCCUCCACCUCUUCUCACAUAUCAGUGUCAGACACAAUCUCAAACUCCAAACACUGAAGAUCCUCAAGACUCAGAUCCUCCUUCAUCAGUUUCCCAACCCAUGGAUCCUUCAUCCUCUUCACCCUCUCUUGACUCAGAUAAUAAUUGGCCUAUUGCCCUUCGGAAAGGUAUUCUUUCUACUCAUAAUCCUUAUCUUGUUUAUAAAUUUUUGAGUUAUCAUCGUUUGUCUCCUCCAUAUUUCUCCUUUGUUUGUUCCUUAUCUUCCAUUAAGGUUCCUAAUAAUGUUCAUGAGACACUUGGUCAUCCUGGAUGGCGACAAGCCAUGAUUGAUGAAAUGCAGGCACUUGAACACAAUGGCACUUGGGACCUUGUUCCUCUUCCUCUUGGAAAUGACAUCACUGAAAUUGCUCAAUUAAAGAAUCAUUUGUUCAACCACUUUCAAACCAAAGAUCUGGGUCGGCUAAAAAGUGGCACAAUCAAAGGAAGGUGUUAUCAUUUCACAAAGAAAAUAUGCUCUUGAUAUUUGAGGAAACAGGCCUAACAAAUUGCAAGCCCAUUGAUAGUCCUAUGGACUCAAAUCAAAAGUUAAUGAAAGACCAAGGUGAAUUUUUCUCAGACCCAGAGAGAUAUAAAAGGCUUGUUGGAAAACUCAUCUAUCUUACCAUAACAAGACCUGAUCUUUCUUAUCCGGUAGGAGUUGUAAGUCAAUUUAUGCAAAAUCUACACGUUGAUCAUUGGAAUGCAGUGAUUCGCAUUCUCAGAUAUGUAAAAGGGAACCCAGGACAAGGAUUGUUGUAUGAGGACAAGGGAAGCACCNGUGUUGAGGGAUAUUGUGAUGCAGAUUGGGCUGGUUGUCCAAUUGACAAAAGAUCUACCUCAGGAUAUUGUGUUUUACUUGGAGGGAACCUUGUGUCUUGGAAAAGUAAGAAACAAAGUGUUGUUGCUCGAUCUAGUNCUGAAGCUGAGUAUCGAUCUAUGGCUCUAACUACAUGUGAACUUGUGUGGAUUAGACAACUCCUUCAAGAGUUGAAAUUUUGUGAAAAUGAGCAGAUGAAAUUGUACUGUGACAAUCAAGCUGCCCUUCACAUUGCCUGCAAUCUAGUGUUUCAUGAAAGAACAAAACAAAUAGAGAUUGAUUGUCAUUUUAUCAGAGAGAAGUUAUUGUCAAAGGAUCUUGUUACUGAAUUUGUCAACUCUAAUGAACAACUUGCAGACAUUCUGACCAAAUCUCUAAGGGGGCCUAGAAUUCAACUUAUACAUUUCAAGUUUGGUGCAUAUGAUCUAUAUGCUCCAGCUUGAGGAGGAGUGUUGAAAUAUAAUGUCUUUAUUUUAUUAUUAAUAUUUAUGUUAGAGUUGUGUUAGGGGCUUCCCGCCCUUUUAUUUUUCAGAACUACUGUCUUCUAUAUAUACAGUAGAAGUUGUAUCAGACCUAAUUAAUCACAAAUCAUUAGACUGUUCAUUUUCUCUCAACUUCAAGUAUAGUAAAGAGGGAGACAUUGAACUAAAAUCAUGUGUUUCUGAGACAAUACAAAUGCUUUAUUUAUAUAGAGAAAAAGAAACCAACACAAUAAAUAUAGGAGAUUUGAUAUCCUCUAAUAAUACUUAGUCUGUUUGUCUAGUACCUCUGCAUGAGUAGCCUUUUCCUAAAUAUUGACAACCCACUCUUAUUUAAUUUGAUUUGCCUUUGUGUGUGUAUACGUGUCUCCCAAUGUCCUAUAUUUUAGACAUUGGCGUUUGUGAUUUAUAGUCUUGUAAUGUUGGAUAUGAUACUUAAGCAUUUCAUAGUAUCCAAGUCCCCAUCAGUAUGUUGAUUCCCAUCAGUUGGGAAUAAAGUUUGUAUGUAAUUGUUUUUUCCCUUUACACGCCACUUCCACCAAAGGAUUUCUAACAAAAUGUAGUUGUUAACAUAGUAUUUAUUUUUUAAAUACUUAGGAAUGUCAUUCCCAUCAUUAUGUUCCUGGGAUCUUAUUCCCAAAAGUAAAAUUUGAUAACCUGAAACACAAUUCAUGUGUUUUGCUAAUAUCAACGUGAUCAUCUAAGUGUACACAUGAUAUUUCUCUUCUCUCUCGUGUCAAAAACUUCACUCUAAGGUCAAAUUUAUUAGGCUGAAUCUUGGUGUCAGGAACUUUUGUGAAUUAAUGUUACAACUGAACGCAGGUUUCUGAUGCAAUUGUCUAUGGAAUAACUGGCUAUUUUGUCUGCCUUAAAUGCAUGUGAUAAGGUGGUGGAGUCGGAAAUAGCUUUUGUUAGACAAGAGCUCUAGCGGCUAAACUUGAUCCGUUUAGAACUUAUAAGCUUAGGUUAGCUUGAAAACUUAAAAAUGUACGUUGUGGUAAGACUUUUUUAAUAGGUAAUUAGCCUAAUUCUAAAUAGGUUAAUGGGCCUAAAUUUAUACCUGAUGUAGUUUGGUGAACUUUACCCUUUAAACAUGUCGAGUUAUAACUUCAAAAAAUCUCUGUAAAAAUUAAUAGCAUUGUAUUUAUGAUUUAAGGAUGUCAGCGAGUUAGGCCUUACAGCUUUUUAGCUAAAUAGAUUUUUUGUGAAAGCCUAAGCUGGAAAAACUUGUGGUAAGUUAGCCUUUUUGGUUUAGGCUUGACUCGGUUUAGAGUAUAAAAUGCCGCAGAAAGAACAUAUAUUCUCCUAAUUUGUCUUAAAUGUAUUUUCUACAUCUUGGCAAAAGAACAUGCUGGUAAGAAAUCUUUUUGUAACAAAUAAUAAUGGUUUUUUGCCUGGGCUUAUCAAGUAAUUUUUUUCUUAUU